CUGUCCCUGAAUGGCACAAUUGCAAAACAGCCCAUGUCCAUGACGACCUCGUUCUUGAUUCGCCGCAUCUCGCGGGAGAACGACGAGCUCAAGCAGCUCCAUGCCACUGCCGUGGAAUGCAAGCAGCGCAUUCAACAGUACUACGCUAACAAGAGCGACAGUGGCGGAGGCGGUCGUCAUCACGCGGUACUACCUGUGGAAUGCCACGAGUUUCUCCCCCAUUACCGCAACGACAAUAACGCGCCCGAAACGAACCCCAAGCAAGCCGUCGUGUUGCGACGACGACAAACGCGCGCUAUCAACGACAUGGCUGGAUGAACCUAAGAAACGUCCGCGCGUUGAUGUUAGUAGUCGUUCAAAGUGAAGUGUGUAUAAUACGAAGUAUGUAGCAUGGUGUUUAUUCGUGAUUUCA